AUGGACUGCCCAAUUAAGGUUAGCUAAUUAAAAUCGGUUACAGAAUAGAAGGAAGUCUUUGAUAAAUUAUUCAAGAUGCCUACCUAACACGUUUAAAGAUCUCAAUACAAACAAAUAUCAAAAUCUGAUUUAAUAAAUGAAUUGCGCCAAGAGAAUGAUGAGUUGAAGAAUACCAUUAUUGAAUUGAAGGAUAGGAUCUAGGAGUUGGAAUUACAAUUAAAAGGAAAGUAGAGUCUCCAAAUCGAAGAAGAAAAUCAAGAAAUAAUUUCAGUUGAAAAGCCCUAAUAAGAAUUUUAAGAAGAAAUGAAUGAAGAAGAGAAAUCUCUCCAUAUUGCCCUUAUACUCCAAUAACAAGAAGAGAUGGAAUUCUAAAAUCGUUUAAUCCAAAUGCAAAAUAAUGUUGAUUUGGACGAAAUGAGUUAUGAAUAAUUAUAAGAAUUAUAAGAGAAAAUGGGCUUUGUAAGUAGAGGUUUGAUGGAAAAUCAAAUAUCAAUCCUCCUCAAAUAAUGUACAAUUCGAAACCAAGCUGUUGAUUGUUGCACAAUAUGCUUGGAAGAAAGUGGAAAUCCUGUUGAAAUUCAAUUAGAAUGCAGUCAUGUGUUUCAUAAGGAAUGCAUUUCGGAAUGGCUGUCUAGAGAGAAGCAUUGUCCAGUGUGCAAGAGGGAUAUUGAUCUGGGAAAGUUAAAGUGA